CUGUAGCAGCCGGGCUGCCGCGUCGUCCCGGCUUUCCUCUCGGCGUUCCCACGCCUCCUCAGCCGGGCUCUCGCCCUCAACGUCAGGGCCCGGACUUUCGAGAUGGCGGCUCAGAAGAUAAAUGAGGGGCUGGAGCACCUCGCCAAAGCAGAGAAAUACCUGAAAACUGGUUUUUUAAAAUGGAAGCCAGAUUAUGACAGUGCCGCUUCUGAAUAUGGAAAAGCAGCUGUUGCUUUUAAAAACGCCAAACAGUUUGAGCAAGCGAAAGAUGCCUGCCUGAGAGAAGCUGUUGCUCAUGAGAAUAACAGGGCUCUUUUUCAUGCUGCCAAAGCUUAUGAACAAGCUGGCAUGAUGUUGAAGGAGAUGCAGAAACUACCAGAGGCCGUUCAGCUGAUAGAGAAAGCCAGCAUGAUGUAUCUGGAAAACGGCACCCCUGACACGGCAGCCAUGGCCUUGGAACGCGCUGGAAAGCUUAUAGAAAAUGUAGAUCCAGAAAAGGCUGUACAGUUAUAUCAACAGACAGCAAAUGUGUUCGAAAAUGAGGAACGCUUACGACAGGCAGUUGAAUUACUAGGAAAAGCCUCCAGACUGCUGGUCCGAGGACGCAGGUUUGAUGAGGCAGCACUUUCUAUUCAGAAAGAAAAAAAUAUUUAUAAGGAGAUUGAGAAUUAUCCAACUUGUUAUAAGAAGACAAUCGCCCAAGUCUUAGUUCACCUGCACAGGAGUGACUACGUGGCCGCGGAGAGGUGCGUCAGAGAGAGCUACAGCAUUCCAGGGUUCAGCGGGAGCGAGGACUGCGCCGCCCUGGAGCAGCUCCUUGAAGGCUAUGACCAGCAAGACCAAGACCAAGUGUCGGAGGUCUGCAACUCGCCCCUUUUCAAGUACAUGGACAAUGAUUAUGCUAAGCUGGGCCUGAGUUUGGUGGUUCCAGGAGGGGGAAUCAAGAAGAAAUCUGCAGCACCACAGGCUAAGUCUGAAGGCGCCACUGCCCCUGCCACCGAGGAAGACGAGGACGAGUACGCCGGAGGCCUGUGCUAGGGUCUUGGCUCCGCGGAAAGGAAGAGGAAAUUUCUGACGUGCCGUUCAUGGACUUGGACCUUGUCUAAGGGGAUCCAGACUUCACUGCAGUCAUGGUUUUGAAAAUGCUAAUAAAGACUCAUCUUUAGUCAUCAUUUUGCGAAGUCACCCAUUGUACCCACUACCUGAGAACUUUUUUUUUUUUUUCUGUCCAUAAGAGCCUUUCUAAGACACCCAGCAAGAAUGAACAGGUAAAUGUAUUGUCACAUUUUAAUACAGUUGAUUUUGAAAUUUGCAAGCCACAAAUGAUGUUCUAAACAAAAGGGACAGUAGACAUAGAAAUUCUUUUCUCUUGGGCUUUUUUAAUUUAUUGUUAGAGAAUUUUCUUUGCAUUUUAUUUAAUCAUUGCUGCUAAAAGUAAAGUUUACUGGUUAAACAAAGUAGUAUUUUAAACUUUUGUUUUGAAAAGGAGAUUUAUCCCCAGUGAUAUCAGAUACAUUUAAAUUAUUAAAUCUUUAAGUCUUUUCCAAGGCAAGACUGGGACAGGAUGCUAUUUUGAGCCUUACAAUAUUGUUUAGCCCAAUGAAAGGUACAUUUAAAGUCUUACACGUAAAUUGAAUCCUUUGAAGGCAUAUUUAGCUCCUCUUUGAAAUGCAUUUUUUCCACCUAAAAAAGCACAGCGGCUCUCCCCAAAUCCACUUGGUUUUGACUAAAUGGGAAUUAAUGAGGACUGUUUUUAUGCAUUCUAAUUCCCAGCAGUCUAGAACAUUUCUUCCCUCCAAAAUAAUUUUCGAUUCACUUAGAGCUGUAACCGGACGGUAACUAGACGUGGGAAUGCCGUAUACCAUAGACAUUUAGCUGAGAGGGAAGAAUGGUUUCUGAAGUACUUCUGUUUAAAGGACUGACUGCCAGCAUUUUAGUCCUGGUGGGUAUUCCUAAGAGAUUAUUCUUGAAGCAUUCCUUUUUCACCUCUGUCUCCCAGUCUGCUAAGCGGAAAGAGGCACCGGUCAGCAGCAGGGUGCCUUCUGCGGGCAGGGUGGUUUCCUGUCCGCGUGUCCUGUCUUCACAGGGCCCGGCCUUAUGUGAGUGCAGCGUGUGUCUGUUCGCUGCUCCCUGAAGACCCCAGGGCCGAUCCGUCACGAUGUGUGGUGUUUAGCCAUGGUUUUAGCCAAGGGAGAGGAGGGCUUAGCCAGGACGUUAUCUUCAUGUGGCAGGUGCUCUUGGGUGGGGGUGGGUGGGAGGGGAGACAUUUAUUGAAGACCCUAUUUAAAAUACUAACAAAUACAAUGUUUGGAUUCCUCAAAUUGCUCUCCUAGUUCUGGUAGCAGCCCAUUUUCACUGACUGUAUGGAGAUUAACUUUGAACAAUCUCAGUAAAGCUGCACUUAGACAUUUGUACCGAAGUACAUACUAGAAUGCUGCCAAGAUCCCGCCAUUGCUGCUGUGCCCUUUAGACCUAGUUGGAAACUUCGGGAGCCUCAUAUUAACGCUCCUGUGAGCUAAGUCACCAUCUGCCUAAACAGAUUUGGCAGCACUUAAAAGAUACUUUAGACUAUUUGUUUAAAGACCAUAUUACCCAUUGCAGCCUUGGAAAAAUCGGUAACUUUUACAUUCUAAAAACGAGGAGUGAUUCAGUGCAUUCUGCAUCCGCAGGGCAGCUGACCCUUAGCAAUGUAAAAGGCUCUGUUUCUUCCAAGUGCAGCCUCCUUCCCCCUCCCUGCCCACGCUCAGGGACUGAUGUGCAGGACGCACGCUGUGGUGUCCAGGAAAGAGCCCCUUGUUCCAUCCUCAUACAGUUUAGUGUUCCACGCACGGAAGUCUGUAUCCUGAGUGUGGUCCGAAGUGGGAAACGUGUGUUUACAACAACAGGAAAACCUUUUGCAGAGCUCGCGCCAUCACUUUUACCAAAGUGGAAGUCUGCAUGAGUAUGCUCAGAAUUGAAUACUCAGUGUUCUGUUAUAUUGUAAGUGAAGUCGAUCUACAAAUCUAUUUAAUAUAUUGAAUUUCUUUGUACAUAGAGUAUGUAUGGUAUUUGUGUAUGGAAUCUGUGCUUCCUUCCUAUUUUUUCCAGUUCUUUGAUGAGAAAAUAUUAAAUGUGUUGUUACGGAAAUGUAGAUUAUUGCUUCAGUGGGAAGAUAUUAUGAAAAUAAAAUCUGUAACUAUGAUAUAUA